AUGAAGACAGAUCACCAGUUCAGGAAUGAAAACAUAUGGCAAACAAGGUAAUUCAAAUAUACGCCACGCGUGCUCAUAUCUCCUUCGGCCCAUUGUAAUGUCCGUUUUUUCUAAAACAUAUUCCAAGUACACGGAUCAGAGUAGGAAUUACUCUUUAAUAUAAUACAAAGAACGAUUUAAGGUAAAAUGUCAGUAAGUACAAUUUAACAAUCAUUUAUCAUGGUACAAAAAGAAAGGGUUUUCAGGUGUCCAAUGAUGGUAUAAAACUAGCUUGAUUCCUGUUUUCCCUCCUCUAUAUCAAACAACAUGCAGUAAAUACAGUAUAAAACAACUACAAAAUGUCUUAUUUGGAUAUAGUGUUGUGUUGACUUCAGCAAAGAGAAAUUUUCGAAUUUGGAUGUGCGUAAAUUCUGUGCUUUAUUCUGGAUAGAAAAAUAAACAAAGAAAAUUGUACUUCUGUUGGCUUUUCAGUGAUAUUGUGCAAAAAAAUCCUAAUCUAAACAAGGACAGAUUAUGCUAAGACUCAGUCUUGCCAACUUUACUCAGUUUAAUUUUUUGCCCACCAUACAAAAAGGUGAUAAGCUGACAGGCAUCCUCGUAAAGCCACAACACCGAAUCAAAAGAUCGCAGCGGGUAAAGGGCAAAAUGGAGCUAUACCAAGAGAUAGAUCCUACACAAAAUAAAAUAUUAAUAAAUAUUAUAAAAGAUGUUGUGGCUGGUAUAGAUUUGCGACCAUGGAACAAAAGCAUGAUCUGCACAGGAACUCAGUUACUGAAAAAUACAAAACACGAAUUUCCUCAUGUUAAGCAAGAAGAACCAAUCAAAAUGCUCGACGUUUUUUACACGUGAAACGUAAUAAUUGGGGCAUGAUUGCGUUAAAACGUGAUUAUAAAACACGAAAAGUUAAGAACCUAUGGCAAGAGAGAUAAAUUAAGCUGUCCCGAUAAUCAUUGCUAUCAUUUGCAUUGGCAAUUGUGAAACGAAGGUAAGAGUGAAGUUCAAGAGACCCUGUAACAGUCCUCAAGACUCCAUAGCAUUCAAGCCGCUCAUUUUUCCAAGGCAUAUCUUAAGUAUUAAAUAUAUCGUUAAUCUUAUUAUUGUAAUUUUAGUUGAACUAACCAAAAUAUUUCAUACUCUGAUCAAUCGUAUAGUGCACAACGCUAGAGGACCUUGAUGAUGCGAUCAGGAGUUAAAAUGACCACCAUGUUGUUUGUACUGAUUUUAUUGCUCAUGGCCGCUUUCUGCUCUGCUCAGAACAACAAGCAAUCAGACACCAAGGUAACUGCAUUCAUACUCAUGGUCACUACAGAUUUUUUAAUACAGUUGAUGUUAAUUCAUGGAGAAACUAGGAAUAGCGUAUCAUGUGUUAAUUUUACUAAAUCAGUCUGCAGGUUAAUUAAGAUAAGAAAUGCUCAAAAUGCAUUCAAAAAUUAAGAUGGUAUGAUUACUUGUGCAAUCGAACGCUAUAGAGAAAGAACAUUUUUACGUUUAAAACAAUCAAAAGUAACAUCAUUACCAACGUGGUAAAUACUAUAACAUAUCUUCUUUACUGAAACAUAAAUCAUGUUCUUUAAUCACAAUUUACGCGCGUUCAUCUAAGAAACCCAAAAUAAACACUUGCAAUUAACGAAAAUCAGUAAGCACUUCCUCACAUGGAUUGAAACGCUAAACGACAGACAAAAUUGUCCAAGGCUACUAGCAUUUUGUCAUUAAAUUUUCUGUUUUUUUUUUUGGAGCCUGUUCAAUCUUGUCCAUAUUGUAAUAAUGGUGGACAAACCGGGAUGUGGACAUACAUGACAUGUGUCCCAGGAGCCCCUGGGGCACCUGGUCGAGAUGGAGCCAAAGGAGACGUGGGUAGCCCGGGCAAAACUGGGACCAAAGGACCCCGUGGUGCUGAUGGAAAGAAAGGAGCAAAGGGAGAGACCGGGAUCCAGGGAUCCACCGGACAAAAAGGACAGCGAGGGGACAAAGGCGGCAGUGGAACGCCACGACUGGCUUCGCACAUGAACUGGAAGGAGUGCACUUGGAAAAGAAUGGACACAAAAAAUUCAGGACUGAUAUAUGUAAGUGUGCAACGUCCCUUUAUCACUAGAAUUAAAGGAACAGUAUCCCGUUACUGCGCAUGUACCAAACUUUGAUUUUCUGACAGGAUGUCGCGAAUUCAAAAGAUACGAAAAGGGUAACAGAACCUUGAAAAAUCCGUUUGCAUUGCGCUUGGCCAAGUUUGAUACUACACUAAAACUUCUCAGAAUUACAGAUCAAUGAUAUAUUGUUCACGUUAACUUUCGAUUUGGGCGAAAUCGGGAUAAUAUGGCGUUACUUUCAUUGCCGUUGGUCUGAAGCCCGAGAGAAGGGAAACGCUUAAUGACAGUUGAAGGCUUAUUUCUCCCGCCAGCUGACCACAUAAGCUCAGAUAAUCGUGAAAGGAAUACGCAGAAAUGGAAUAGUAACAAUAAAGACCAUGUAAGAAAGAAACCAUUGAGACAUGGAUGUGACGCACAACGUUGUGCAACGACGUGUUAGUAACUUUUAAAUAAACCUCCCUACGGCGAACAAAUCAAACUAACAGGCACUACUUGUCACUGACAUGUUUAGGGAAAGCAUAAUAUAAUGUUUGACUAACCUUUGCGAUGCUAAUUCAUCGCGUUGAGAUUGCAUUGUCAUUCAUGUCUUGCGACCUUUUGAGGCUAGAACGCAAGAAAUAUUCCUGGAUUUGACUUGUCACAAAUUGACCUCUGAUACGAGUUUCACAGCAGAAAAGCUGUUUUAAAAGCGAGCUGAACGAGCUUUUCUUGUCGCGAGGUGGGCGAGCUACGACAAAAUCGCGGUACGUCUUCGUGCCGCAAGCCAAUUUUUAAAUAGAACGAAAUACUUCCUCGAAAGUCUAAAAUAUUACUUGAGAAUGUAAACAACAAAUCUCCGUCGAUCGGCAGGUGCGUUCCGGAAGGAAAUCUUGUCGCAUCAAUAUGACAGUUUUAUUAGCUGUCGUCACACUACAGACUUUUUACCUAGGUAAACUCGACUUGUUCACAGUUUAACUAGGGAAACUUGAUUUUUUAAGUGUGACCGAUUUUUCCCUAGGUAAUUUACCUCGAGGAUAUUUUAUCGUCUGGGUCUUGGAUAUGUCUCGAUAACAAUAAACUUUCCCCUGACAGCUACCCCAAAGCGAUAGCUAGGGGAAAAUGAAAUACCGAGGUUGCUAGCCAAUAGACGCUCAUCGGCGAAGGCCUUGAUGACAGAACCGGACAUAGCUCACGUGGUGAAAGAAAUUUUGGGGGCACGAGUCGUCUACAUUUUCGCCUGUCUUUACCUUGCAUGUUGAAUUAGCCUAAGAAAUACAGCGAGAUAAAAGAAAAAAAAAACGUCUCCUUGAUCCGCUAGAUCCCUGCGCGUCUUGCCUCUUUGAAUUUACGUUCCAAAAAAUUCAGCUGUCCGUGAAAACCUUGGGAGUCGAUAUCAGUACUGUGACUUUACCAGAAUUUUUUACCGAGGUAAAACAAAACCCGAGAUGAAUUUACCACGGGAAAUUUUUGCUGAAUUUGCCCUAGGUAAAUCGGUUUUGCCUAGGUAAAAGUCCGUAGUGUGACCACAGCUAUUGUCUUUUUAAGAAAAAAAAGAUGACGCUCGCCAGAAAUCUCGAACCAAGUUUUUCGUGCUAAUUACAUGAAUGUGUUUCUUAAUGAUUUAAGCUGCUGUCAAAUCCAGCCUGGUGCGGGCUCAUUGUCACGAUACACAUACAGUCAAAAACUGGUCGCUGAACGAAACUACUGUCAAUUGCUUUGAAAUGUGUUCAAAAUGCAAAAAAUCAUCUCUCGAACGAGAGGUUUUGGGUGAAUAUCAGGAAAUUUAGCCGUGCAGUCCAUAUUGAAAUUUACGGCGUUUUCAAAGUUUAAAACCAAAAACAGAUUUAAUCGGCAAGUGCAAAAUGUGACUGGAUCUGAAAGUAAGUAUCUUCAACUCCCAGAAACGAUCAGAGGCCGUUGUAUACGACAAACUCGGACCCGAACUGGAACACUUUAACAGUUACUGCAUUGGGCUCUGUUAAGCAUUGUAUUCGUUGACACUGCCAUGCAAAUCCUUUACAGUCAAUUUGCAAAUCUGUUUACUUUAAAACCGAAACGGAUAAAACUUUCAAGGUACUUUUAAAUGCAGAUUCAUUUAGUUAAACAAAAAUAUAAUAGAAUUGAUAGGGUGUCGGCGGAUACGAAUGCCUUUUAGGACAGUUUUUUUCGAUUUUUGAACUCUUCUUAGUCAUUUCUCUUUAAUGAAAAUUGCCUUUAGUUGAUAUUUUCUGAGUGUCUGAAAGUGUCACCUCUCAUAGCCUGCGAACGGCAGAAGUUUCUCCUCGCUCAUCGCCGCUGAGUGACGUUUCGCGAGGAGGAACGUAUGCGACUCAGCGACAGAAAUUCCAUACUGAUGACGCAAAAUCUGUCCGGAAUCCGGUCAGAAGCGCUAACUGGUCGACGGAGUAGUUUCAUUGUUCUAGCUAUUGUUGGCAAAUGACAGACAAAAGACAAAAGGCGGCAAAGGUCAAAUGUAAAAGCGAUGAAUCUCUAACAAAACAGUCAAUAUUUGUGGAAUAUAGUCUUCUCUAGAAGUAGCAUUUGAGUUUUCAGUGCUGGAGCUCAUUCGCAGAUGAACACAACACUUUUUUAAAAUCGACCAGGACAAACGUAAAAUCGAACAAAUUUGCGUUUGGAAACAUCGAUUUACGUCACCAGUAUGGAAUUUCUGUCGUUGAAUCGCAGAAGUUCCUCCUCGCGAAACGUCCCUCAGCGGCGAAAAGCGAGGAGAAACGUCUGCCGUUCACAGGCUACACCUUUCACCGCGCAUGUCGAUUCGAAAUUUCUGGCGAUGAUUAUAUUCUACUAGUUCAAACCAAGUAAUUUUCACUAAAAAGAUUGAUUGUCAUAGUACACAGAUGCUGUUUACUUUCUUUAUAUGUUCUUCAGAACUGUGAAUACGCGGGCUCUUCCCUCCAUGUCUACUAUGCUGGUAACCUCAGGUAUGCCUUAUGUGACAGCUGUUGUAGUCGCUGGUAUUUCACCUUCAAUGGAGCCGAGUGCAGCUCUCCAGGAACUAUUGAUGGUGCAUUCUACUUGGAAACAGGCCGAAACCACAAUCCUCAUCUUCACCGCCACAUUGAAGGUCACUGCAAUAACAUUCAGAAAGGAAAGGUGAGAGUGGGAUUCUGGGUUGGAAAGUGCGUCUCAGGCCAUAAGCUUGCUGACGCCCAAACUGGUUGGCAUUCACUGAGUCGUAUCUUCAUUGAAGAAGUGCCAAAAGCCCAGCAGUAA